AUGUCGGGCGUCGUGGGCCGUGAGGCCGGUGAGCGCGACCCGCUCCUGCUGCGCGAGCGCAUCGUACCCGAUGACCAGCUGGCUCUGUUGCGUUCCCGCACGCGCGCCGACUCCAAGAUCGCAAAGUUCUACGAGGCACAGAACGGCCACAUCGACCGCCUCCUCAAGCCCAUCCACGUCCACUCUGCCGAGGGCGCCGAGGCGGCCGACAGCAUGGCUCUCAAAGUCAAGAUUGCCGUCAACGUUUCAUUCGCCGCCAACAUCAUCUUGGCAGGCGUGCAGCUGUAUGCGGCCAUCAGCUCCAUGUCCAUCGCCCUGUUCGCGUCAUGUGUCGACGCCGUGUUCGACCCGUUCGCAAAUCUCCUUCUCUGGGUUGCGCAUCGCGCCUCCACACGCGCCAACCACGAGAAGUGGCCUAUGGGCGGGUCCCGCUUCGAGACCAUCGGCAACAUCGUGUACUCGUUCAUCAUGAUGGCGGUCAACCUUAUCCUUAUCGUCGAGGCCAUCAAGCAGUUCGCCACGCACAGUGGCGACGAGACCAAAGAGUUCCACCUCGUCCCGCUCAUCUGUGUGUGCAUUGCGUGGGGCGUCAAGUUCCUUCUCUUCCUCUACUGCUUCGCGAUUCGCAGCGCCAGCUCCCAAGUCCAGGUGCUGUGGGAGGACCACCGGAACGAUCUCUUCGCCAACGGCUUCGCUAUUCUCGCGAAUGCCGGUGGUGCCAAGCUCGCAUGGUGGAUUGACCCCAUGGGCGGCUCCGUCAUCGCGCUGGCGAUCAUCGGCGUGUGGUGCCGCACAGCGUAUGAGCAGUUCACGUUCCUCGCCGGCAUCACGGCGCAGCCUGACUACGUCUCUCUCGUCACCUACAAGGCCAUGACCUUCUCGGAUGACAUCAAGAUGGUCGACACUGUGCGCGUUUAUCACUCUGGUCCCAACUUUGUUGUCGAGGUUGACAUCGUCCUCGACCCGCACAUGCCACUGUGGCGCGCGCACGACAUCUCGCAGGAUCUGCAGGACCAGAUUGAGGCUCUUCCCGACGUCGACCGGUGCUUCGUCCACGUCGACCACGAAGUGACGCAUGCACCGGAGCAUCGCAAGAAGCAGUAG